AUGUCUGCGGUUGUGGCGGCGGCGGCGCCGCCGCCGCCUCUCAAGGGCAGACGCAUUGCCUUCACCGCGCCGCCAGUCCACGGCGCCAGGCUCGCCGAGCUUCUCCAGGUGCGCGGCGCAGAGCCUCUCCCCAUUCCCACGGUGUUCGUCGAGUCCACUCCCUCCACAAUCGCCGCACUCCGCCGCUACCUCCCCGGCGGAGGCCGCGGCGCCGCCGAAGCCCUGGAGUCCUUCUCCGCCUUAGCGUUCACCUCCCGCGUCGGGAUCUCCGCCUUCGCCGCCGCCCUCUCCGGCGCCAGCGAGCCCCCGCUCGCCGAUUCCGGCGAGUCCUUCACCGUCGGCGCCCUAGGGAAGGACGCAGAGCUCCUCCAUCACGACGGCUUCCUCUCCAAGCUCUGCCGCAACCCCCACCGGAUUAGGGUGCUCGUGCCGGAGAUCGCCUCUCCCGACGGCCUGGUGGCGGCGCUCGGAGAGGGCUCCGGGAAGAAGAUCCUCUGCCCGGUGCCCGCCGUCGUGGGCCUGGCGGAGCCGCCGGUGGUGCCGGAAUUCCUCCGGGCACUGGCGGCGAUGGGGUGGGCUCCGGCUAGGGUGCCCGCCUACGAGACGCGGUGGGCCGGCGCCGCCUGCGCGGCGUCGCUGCUGGCAGCGCCUCCGGUGGAUGCGGUGGUGUUCACGAGCACGGCGGAGGUGGAAGGUCUGCUAAAGGCGCUGGCGGCGGCGGGGUGGCGGUGGCGGGCUGUGGCAGAGCGGCGGCCGCAGAUGCUGGUGGCGGCUCACGGUCCGGUCACCGCCCGCGGGGCGGCGGCGCUGGGGGUUCCAGUGGACGUCGUCGGAUCCAAGUUCAGCACCUUCGAUGGGGUCUUGGAAGCCCUUGCUGCCCGCUGGGGCUCUCCCUCUGACCCACUACGUUGA